GUAACCUGGAUAACCAUGAAAAAGUUAGUGUGUUACAGUAAACGCGAGAAAAUGGGUCUUUCGGCAGCAGUAGCUAUAGUGGCGGUUUGGCUGUGCAUCGGAGUGACUUAUGCAAACGAAGUCGCUCGUUAUGAUAACUACAAAGUGUACGAGGCGAUUCCUUCAUCCAACAGCCAGCUGAAAUUGCUUAAUGAGCUGGAAGAGUCGAGUGAUAGUUUAAUAUUUCUGAAAAGUAGUAACAAAGUUGGAGAAAAGUUUAACAUAGUUGUGGCACCACACAAGGUGGCUGACUUCACGGAAGCACUCUACAAUGAAGGAAUUAGUGCUAAGUUGCUGGAGACAAAUUUGCAAAAAUCGAUUGAUGGAGAAAAGCAUCGAAUGAUGUCUAGGCGGGCAAACGAAAGUUUCGAUUUCAACGACUAUUAUGAGCUGGAGGACAUUCAUGCCUGGUUGGAGAAAUUGGCUAGCCAAUAUGAUCAGGUGGAACUUCUCGAUGGUGGCCAUUCCUUUGAGAACCGUUCGAUCAAGGGUGUGAAGGUGUCUUACAAAUCGGGAAACCCAGGUAUAUUCGUUGAAGGAGGUAUUCAUGCUCGCGAAUGGAUCUCGCCAGCGACAGUCGCUUACAUUCUCAACGAAUUGCUCACCAGCACGGAUCCCAAAGUGCGUUACAUUGCUGAAAACUACGACUGGUACAUGUUCCCGAGCGUAAACCCUGAUGGAUACGUUUACACUCAUAAGAAGGAUCGACUCUGGAGGAAAACACGUACGCCGUACUCUGGAGGAUGCUUUGGAGCUGACCCGAACCGUAAUUGGGACUUCCAUUGGGCUGAGCAAGGAACUAGUAACCAAUGCAAAUCUGAUAUUUAUGCUGGACCUCAUCCUUUUUCCGAAGUCGAAACGAAAACUUUGUCUCAAUUCAUCACAUCGUUGAAGGGCAAGAUUCAAGCCUAUAUCUCCUUCCACUCGUACUCUCAGCUACUGUUGUUCCCAUAUGGACAUACCAAUGAACAUACUCCAAAUCACAACGAUUUGAACGACAUCGCCAACGCAACAAUUGCUUCCUUAGCGAAACGAUACGGAACCCGGUACACCUUUGGGAACACUUACGACGCCAUCUACCCGGCGAGUGGCGCCAGUAUGGAUUGGGCCUACGGAAAAUUGGGUGUGAACAUCUCCUAUACCUAUGAGCUGCGACCUGGUCAGGAGUCAUCGGGUGGGUUCAUUCUACCGCCAAAGCAAAUAGUGCCAACAGGAGAGGAGACUCUCGAUUCGCUGGUGACGCUACUGGAAGAAUCGCAACGAAGAGGAUAUUAUGAAAACUAAGAAAAUUGAGUUGAUAAAUUUACUGUCAAUAAAUUAAAGACUGAAACACUA